GCUCCAAAUGGACCCCGGACCUGCGCAGGAUUUCUGGCCGAGGGAGAUUUUCCUGGGUUUAGGCAUCAUAUGUUUUGUCCUAGCAGUGGGGCAUGGCAUUUGGCAGAACAAGAAAGGCUACCACUUCCAGAUUUUUCUGCCGUGGGAAAAAUAUGUCUCUUCAUCAGCUGUCUCUGCCAUCCUCAUAUUCUGGUCCUACUUCAUUAUUCUCAAUACCAUGGUGCCCAUUUCCCUCUAUGUCAGUGUUGAAAUAAUAAGAUUGGGCAACAGUUUAUAUAUCAACUGGGAUCGGAAGAUGUUUUAUGCACCAAGGAACACACCAGCACAGGCUCGUACUACCACCCUUAAUGAGGAGCUCGGCCAAGUCAAAUAUGUGUUCUCUGACAAAACAGGGACUCUGACUCAGAACAUUAUGAUUUUCAACAAAUGUUCUAUUAAUGGGAAGCUCUAUGGUGAUACUUAUGACAAGGAUGGACAGAGGGUGACAGUCUCUGAGAAAGAAAAGGUUGACUUCUCCUACAACAAACUGGCUGAUCCUAAGUUUUCAUUUUAUGACAAGACUUUGGUGGAAGCAGUGAAAAAGGGAGAUCACUGGGUGCACUUGUUUUUCCGCUCACUCUCAUUGUGUCAUACCGUGAUGUCAGAAGAAAAAGUAGAAGGCAUGCUGGUGUACCAGGCUCAGUCACCAGAUGAAGGUGCCCUGGUCACUGCUGCCAGGAACUUUGGCUUUGUGUUCCGUUCCCGCACAUCUGAGACAGUCAUAGUGGUCGAAAUGGGGAAAACCAGAGUCUACCAACUGCUGACUAUUUUGGACUUCAACAAUGUGCGCAAGAGGAUGUCUGUUAUUGUGCGGACACCUGAAGAUCGGAUAAUGUUGUUUUGCAAGGGUGCAGACACCAUCAUCUGUGAACUGCUUCAUCCAUCCUGUAGUUCCCUCUGUGAUGUGACCAUGGAACAUUUAGAUGAUUGUGCCAGUGAAGGCCUUCGCACCCUAAUGGUGGCCUACCGAGAGUUGGAUGAAGCAUUCUUUCAGGACUGGAGCAAGAGGCAUACUGAAGCCUGCUUGUCUUUGGAGAAUCGGGAAAGCAGAUUAUCAAGUGUCUAUGAAGAAGUCGAAAAAGACUUGAUGCUGUUAGGGGUCACAGCCAUAGAAGACAAGCUACAAGAUGGAGUACCUGAGACAAUCAUCAUCCUGAAAAAAGCCAAAAUUAGACUGUGGGUUUUAACUGGAGAUAAGCAAGAGACUGCUGUGAACAUUGCCUAUUCCUGUAAUCUAUUUGAGGAUGAAAUGGAUGAGGUGUUCGUCGUGGAAGGCAGGGAUGAUGAGACUAUUCGGAAAGAACUCAGGACAGCAAGGAACAAGAUGAAACCCGAGUCUCUCCUGGAUUCAGACCCCAUAAACAUUUACCUCACCACGAAGCCCGAACUGCCUUUUGAAAUACCCGAGGAGGUGGCCAAUGGCAACUAUGGCUUGAUCAUCGAUGGCUACAGUCUGGCCUAUGCUCUAGAAGGGAACCUGGAGUUGGAACUGCUGCGAACAGCGUGCAUGUGCAAGGGGGUGAUCUGCUGCCGGAUGACACCCCUUCAGAAGGCCCAGGUGGUAGAGCUGAUGAAGAGGUACAAGAAGGUGGUGACACUGGCCGUCGGGGAUGGGGCCAAUGACGUCAGCAUGAUCAAAGCUGCCCACAUUGGGGUUGGCAUCAGUGGCCAGGAGGGACUGCAGGCCAUGCUCAACAGUGACUUCACCUUCUCCCAGUUCCAGUAUCUUCAGCGUCUACUCUUGGUCCAUGGCCGCUGGUCUUAUAAUCGCAUGUGCAAGUUUCUCAGCUACUUCUUUUAUAAGAACUUCACCUUCACCCUGGUGCACUUCUGGUAUGCCUUCUUUAAUGGAUUCUCCGCACAGACAGUUUAUGAGACCUGGUUUAUCACGUGCUACAAUCUGGUCUACACUUCCCUCCCUGUCCUGGGCAUGAGUCUGUUUGAUCAGGAUGUGAAUGAGACAUGGAGCCUCCUUUUCCCAGAGCUGUAUGAGCCAGGCCAGCACAACCUCUAUUUCAACAAAAAGGAAUUUGUGAAGUGUUUAAUGCAUGGGAUCUACAGUUCCUUUGUGUUGUUCUUUGUCCCCAUGGGGACUCUUUACAAUGCAGAACGAAAUGAUGGGAAGGACAUCUCCGACUACCAGUCCUUCUCCCUGGUGGUGCAGACCUCCUUGAUCUGGGUGGUCACAAUACAGAUCGCCCUGAAGACAACCUACUGGACAAUGAUAAGCCAUGUUGUCAUCUGGGGUAGCCUGGGUUUCUACUUUUGCAUGUCGUUCCUUCUGUACAGCGAUGGCUUGUGCCUAGCAUUCCCUGACGUCUUCCAAUUCCUAGGUGUGGUCAGGAAUGCUCUGAACCAGCCACAAAUGCUUCUGAGCAUUAUCCUCAGCGUGGUCCUCUGUAUGUUGCCUGUGAUUGGGUACCAAUUUCUUAAACCACUAUUCUGGCCUAUCAGCGUAGACAAGGUUUUUGACAGAAUUCAAGAGUGCAGGAGACUUCCACGGCAGUCCCCAGUCCAGACCAAACUGAAACACUCAAGCACUCGACGUUCUGCCUAUGCAUUCUCCCAUAAACAUGGCUUUGGGGCCCUCAUCACUUCUGGCAAGACAAUGAAGUCCAGGAUGUCCAAGAAAAACACCCUUUUUUCAAAAAGAUAGAGGCCCUAGGGAAAUUCCAAAGGAGGCAGUCAGUGCUCUUCCUCCCUCGUAUUCAUGCAAUUUAGGAAGAAUUAGAGUCCCUGGGAAGCCAGCAUAAACCUGCUCCUUCAUUCUCACUAGGGACUAAGCCUCCUAAUUGUCCAGAAGGCUAUGCCCAGGUAAGGCAAGGAGAGGUAAGGAAAGAGCCCCCAGAUGUCUGCCAGAGUUGCAGCAUUUCAAUAGAAAAAGAAAAAGGAAAAAAAGAAAAACAAAAAAAGCAACCUCAGGCCUGCCUCCCACCGUCUCUUGCAAGUUUUAAUCCAGACAAGCAUAAGCAUAUGUAGAGGUAGGGGGUGACAAGUGACAGUAUGGGGAAGGGAAAUGAUGAUUGGACUAAAAAAAAUUUUACUCUGGGCCCUAUCUCCUAUAUUCAGAGCAAGCAUAACCUUCCCAGGGCCCUACACGAACAUAUCCCCAUCCAGGCAUCGUUCUCAGGUUUAUCUGGGAGAUUCAGAGUAAGUCUUUUGUUGGCGUUGGGUAGCAAAAGAAAAGAGGUAGCUGUGAGGAAUUGGUCUUAAAAAGCUGAAAGAGGGUUUCUGGACCAUAAAUAAAAAGAAAUGAAGGCAGCUCCUGCCUGGAUAGGACAAUUCAAGGUUUUCCCUUCUGCCCUCUGUGACUUCUCUGACUCAAGAACUGAUACCUGCUCAGGCCUCAGAACUGAGAAAAGGAUACUGCCGGAGAUUUUAAAUAUUCUUUUCUUGAGGGGAUGUAAGCCAUAAUUGGUGAGCAUAUGUCCUUAUUCCAUAAAAUUAUUUUGAGAAGAAAUUAUAUGUACUUGGAAAAUUGUUUCUAAGGAGUUUAGAAUUGGAACAAUAAAUUGCUUAUUUUGGAGCAGAGAGAUUUGUAUGGUCUAUUGGGACC